AUGCUCUUCGGUCAACCCCGCCCCAGUGGCGGACCCGGUCUGUUUGGGGUCCAGCCUACAUAUCAACACAUUUGCGGUCUCUACUACAUCGACCCCCAUCGGCAUCAGAAACAUGCGCGGCAAUAUCUUCCCACACUUUCACAGUCGGUGCAUGCUCGCAUCAUUGCAUCGACAUCUCGGACAACUCUCACCCAAAAUUUUGUCAACCCCUCAUCGACGGCACCCAUCCCCGAGCUUCGCUACACCUUUCCCCUCUAUGACGGCGUGUCCGUAGUCGCUUUUACCUGCACCAUCAACAACGAUCGUGUCAUUCGUGGCGUUGUCCAAGAGAAGACUGCUGCUCGCAAGACAUACAACCAAGCUGUUUCCAAGGGCCAAACUGCUGGUCUCUUGGAGCAACUCCCUGAUGCGAGCGAUGUCUUCACCACCACCAUUGGCAACGUGCCCGCUGGCGCCCAGAUUGCCGUCGAGAUUGAAUACCUCGGCGAGUUGAAGCACGAUGCCGAAGUUGACGGCAUCAGGUUCACCAUUCCCACUUCUAUUGCCCCGCGAUAUGGCGCUUUUCCCGGCGAGUUACUGGCCAAGCCCACCAGUGUCUCUGCAGAGGACGGUAUUCGCAUAGUAGUUGAUGCCCAAGUGCCGGCUGGAAGCUUCAUCAAGUCGAUCCAGUCGCCUUCACAUCCCAUUUCUGUCUCUAUCGGCUCAACGUCCACUAUGCGCGCCAACGCUACACCAUCUCUCCAGCUUGCGAGUGCCACCCUCUCUCUAGGCACUGCUCAACUGGAACGCGACUUCAUUGUCCAGGUCAUCGCGACAAACACCUCCAACCCCGUUGCUGUUCUCGAGACGCACCCCGACAUCCCUCAUCAGCAGGCCCUCAUGGCCACCCUUGUGCCCAAGUUCAAGAUUGCCGCCACCAAGCCCGAAGUUGUCUUUAUCUGUGAUCGCUCUGGUUCUAUGGAAGGAAAAAAAAUGCAAGAUCUCAAGAAUGCUCUUAGAGUCUUUAUGAAAUCUCUACCUGUCGGUUCCAUGUUCAACAUCUGUAGCUUUGGCUCCAGGCAUGAUUUCUUGUUCCCAAAGUCCGUCAUAUAUGACCAGAACACCAUGGAAACUGCCAUGCGACACAUUGACACCUUUUCCGCCAACUACGGAGGCACCCAGAUCUAUAACCCCAUCGAGUCAACUUUCAAGCGACGCCACAUCGACCUUGAUCUUGAGACUUUCGUCCUCACCGACGGCGAGGUUUGGGACCAAGAUCGCCUCUUCGGCAUGGUGAACAGAAUGGUUAGUGAAUCCAAGGGCGCCAUUCGUCUCUUUACCCUCGGUGUCGGCAGCGGUGUCAGCCACUCUCUCAUUGAAGGCCUCGCUCGAGCUGGCAAUGGCUUCUCGCAAUCUGUCUCCGAGGGAGAGAAAAUGUCUGGCAAAGUCGUCCGUAUGCUCAAGGGAGCUCUCACUCCCCAUAUCAAUGACUAUACCCUCGAGGUCAAAUAUGCCGAUGCCGAGUCUGAGACGGAGCCUGAAGAUGACUUUGAUAUCAUUGAACCCGAAGAUGCGGCUCGCGAGAAGACAGCCGAUGGCAAAGAACCCGGAAAUCCCGCCAAGCCGAUUUCCCUCUUUGACACCAGUGCAGACGACGAUGUUGACAUGGAGGAUGCCCAAGCUCAAGACGACGGCUCGGGCCUGGAGCGGUACUCACACAUUCCGACAGUCAAGCCUCCCAAGAUCCUUCAAGCCCCCUUCCAGAUCCCGCCUCUUUUCCCUUUCAGCCGCACUACUGUCUAUCUCUUGCUUUCUCCCGACAGAGAGCUGAGAUCCAAGACUCCGGAGGCUCUGGUUCUGCGCGGCACCUCAUCCCAGGGUCCCUUGGAGCUCCAAAUCCCCAUCACCCUGCUUGACGAUAAGGCCGAGACGAUUCAUCAGCUCGCCGCUCGCAAGGCUGUCAAGGAACUGGAAGAAGGCCGUGGCUGGAUCUAUCACGCCAAGGGUAAAGAUGGCAAUCUUCUAGAAGCGCAGAAUCCCGGCCGUUUCCCCAGCAUGGUUGAGCGAGAGGCCGUCCGACUUGGCGUCCAGUUCCAGGUAGGAGGCAAAUGGUGCUCCUUUGUUGCUGUUGAGCAGAACGACACUCCAAACAUCCCUGCCGCCAAUACAGAGCAGGUCAACCCAGAGCAGGCCAAACCUGGAGCACAGAAUCUGUUCUCGAAUCUCCAGAGGGGGCCAGAUCCUAGAUUAGGUGGUCGGGGAGGCAUGGUUUCCCGAUCACGGUCCCGAGCUCCUGAUGAUGGUCAAAACUCAUCACUGUUAUUCGGCGCCGCUUCCCCAUCAUCAACACGCGCAUCGGUGUUCGGUAUGUCAACCUCAACGGCUUCCUCAAACCCAUUUCCACCACCCACCGGCGGUUCGUUGUUCGGCGGAUUAGGUUCUUCCACUCCCCAGCAACAGCAACGCCCGACAGCGCCUACGGCCUUCCACCAGCCCCCUGGAUCCUUAUUCGGCCACCCUGUAGCCCCUGCCCCGUCGUCUACCUCAGCUGCCGGUGGCCUCUUUGGUGCAAGUUCGUCUGUCACUGGUGCCUUUGGUGCUGCCCCGACCGCUGGAGGAUCUGGACUCUUUGGUGGAUCUGGCGGGGGCUUGUUCGGACAUCCCACGGCUUCUGCGCCACCCAAUCCAGCUUCCACCAGCCCGUUUGGCUCACGUUCUUCUACCACUGAUGCAUUCGGCGCAUCCCCAGCCAGUGCAAGGCAAGCCGGAGGAUCUCUGUUUGGUGGAACUGGAUCUGGUGGAGGUUUGUUUGGUCAACCCAUGGCUGCCAAUUCUGUCUCGUCCGUGCCCCCGACUGGAGGUCUGUUUGGUAGCGCUUCUCAUCGGUCUGCCAGUGACAAGUCUACAUCCUCCGUUCCACAAGAUGGAGGUCUCUUUGGCAGCUCAAGCGCAGCUCCCCAAUGGUCUGACAGCGGAGAGCCUCCCAUCGUCCAAGCUGCCGCGCUGGCCCCUCCCACGGCCCAGGUUGAUGCCGCUCUGCUGGAUCAAUACUACCGGGAGAUGUCUGAAGCUGCAAGCAUGCCCCUCCCUGGUGAAGAUCCUGAUGAUGAUUGGGAAAAUGAGACUCCUUCAGCCGCUGCUCCUGUUGUGAAGUCUACUCUUGACCUGUCGAUGAAGAAGAAAAAGUUCAAAAAGGGCCAAGAUUCUCCCAACAUUGUGCUACCGGGAUACGACAACUUCUCAUCACCUACCGAUCCGUUCUCUGCCAUAGUAUCGCUCCAGAACUUCAACGGUAGUUGGGACUCUUCGAAGGAAAUCUUCAACAUCAUUGGCACUACUUUGGAGGCGGUGAAGAACGCUCUGCGCUCGCUUAGUAUUGAUGACGAGGGAGUCAUGUCCACCUCUGCAGUCGUUGCCUACCUGCGCAAGGUCCUUCCAGAGGAGCGGGACAGCUGGGAGAUGCUGGAGGAGAAGGCGGUUGCUUGGCUCGAGGGGGAGUUGGGGGAAGAGAAGGCCCAGAAGGUUUUGGCUAUUGCCGAGGGUCUCUAUUGA